GAGUACAAAAGGUGAUGGAUAUCAACCAUGGCUCAUCUUUCUCGAGCUUCAAAUCAUACAUCUGUGCACUUUCUGACCUCGGUAACCGGCUCCGUUGUCGAGCCGGUUGCGUCUCCACCACCUUUGAAGAAACCAACCAAAUUCGGUCCCGAUCCGGUACCGAUAUGAGGAAAAACCUCCGGUGGUAUGAUCUCAUCUGCUUCGGCAUCGGCGGAAUGGUCGGGGCCGGUGUUUUUGUGACUAGCGGUACCGCUAGUCACGACAAGGCCGGUCCCGCGGUUAUAUUGUCCUACGCCAUUGCAGGACUAUGCGCGCUCCUGUCGGCGUUUUGUUACACCGAGUUCGCGGUCCACAUGCCGGUUGCUGGUGGUGCCUUCAGCUACAUCCGUGUAACUUUUGGCGAGUUCACCGCAUUUUUAGUCGGAGCCAAUCUUGUAAUGGAUUAUGUCUUAUCGAACGCGGCCGCAGCCAGAAGCUUCACCACCUAUCUUGGAACAGCCAUUGGCGUUUCGGCUGAAUCGAAAUGGCGAAUAACCGUUUCGUUUCUUCCUAACGGUUUUAAUCAAAUCGAUGUCAUCGCGGUCCUCAUUAUCCUUAUUCUCACUCUCGUUAUUUGUUACAGUACGAGAGAGAGCUCUGUAUUGAACAUGAUAUUAACCGCGGUACACAUCAUGUUCAUAUUAUUUGUGAUCAUGAUGGGCUUUUGGAAAGGCGAUACGAAGAACUUCAGCGAGCCGUCGGAUCCGAGUCAUCCGGGCGGGUUCUUCCCGUUUGGUGCUCCAGGAGUGUUUAAUGGAGCAGCUCUGGUUUAUGUUAGUUAUAUAGGAUACGACGCCGUUUCAACUCUGGCUGAAGAGGUUAAAAAUCCGGUUACUGAUAUUCCUAUUGGAGUUUCUGGGUCUGUUAUUCUUGUGACCGUUCUUUAUUGUUUGAUGGCUGCUUCAAUGUCUAUGCUUCUCCCUUAUGAUCUGACAGAUCCAGAAUCACCAUUUAGUGGUGCAUUUGAUGAAAAUCCAGACGGAUUUAACUGGGUAUCUAAUGUUAUCGGAGUUGGCGCUAGCUUCGGGAUACUAACGUCGUUGUUGGUGGCGAUGUUGGGCCAGGCUCGAUACAUAUGUGUUAUUGGGAGGUCAGGGGUGGUCCCGACAUGGUUUGCCAAGGUUCAUGAAAAGACAUCAACUCCUGUAAAUGCGUCUGUGUUUUUAGGUAUUUUCACAGCAGUGAUAGCCCUUUUCACCGAACUACACGUCCUUCUCAACCUUGUCUCUAUUGGCACACUUUUUGUAUUUUUGAUGGUCUCUAAUGCGGUCAUCUACAGGCGGUAUGUGUCAGUGGAAACCACGAGCCCAUGGCCCACUUUGUCGUUCCUAUUAAGCUUCUCACUUACUUGCAUCAUGUUCACCCUAUUAUGGUGGCUAGGGCCACCUGGGAAACCCAAGGGCUACAUGCUUGGUUCCUGCGUUGUAGUCGCAGUGGGAUUGGUUCAACUAUUCAAUCACAUGGUCCCACAAGCGAGGAAGCCCGAUUUUUGGGGGGUCCCGCUUAUGCCAUGGAUACCGUGUGUUUCAAUCUUUCUCAACAUAUUCUUGUUGGGAAACAUCGAUGCACCUUCUUAUAUACGCUUUGGGUUCUUUUCGGUUGUUAUAGUGCUUGUAUAUGUUCUCUAUAGUGUUCAUUCUAGCUUUGAUGGGGUAGAAGAAGGGAGUCUAUGUCAAAAGAGUGUUGAAAUGGUGAAGGAAUCUAUAGAUAUAGAGGACCUUACUCUAAAAGUCCAAAGUUGACCUUUUGACUUUUUUAAUGUUGUUGAUAGAGAUAUGAGCAAGAAUAGAACUAAAAUUUGGUGGGCAAGUUGUAUAGUGGGUGGGUUUGGCCCCUUUUGUAUAUAAAUGUAAUGCAAUUAUUCCAUCAGCUUUUGAAGAUGGUUCACAUGA